AACCAACACUUCCCCUCAACCUCGCAUAUAUCCUGCCAGGUACUCGCCCAGACAAGGAUGACAGACCGUGCCGAUAUGGUCACACCUCCUGUAGAGAUGCGAGGAGAAGCACUGCACGACGGUCCCACUGAAAAAGGAGCUACUGAAGCGGCCAGUGCGCCUUCCACUAGCAGCUCUUCCGCAAUACCUCAGCAGGGCGCAGGCCGUGCCAAUACCAUGCUCUCACCACUGAGAGCUGUUCCGGCCAGUAGCAAUGCAAGCCAAGGCGUCUCUGCUUCCGAGCCCGCCUACUCUGGCCAGACAGCCGUCAGUGAUGUUGGCAGCAGCAUCAUUCCGAUCACCCCGGUGGGAUCAGCGGUGAGCAAACGCCCUGCAUCACCAGACGAGUACUUUACAGCGGCGGGUAGGCCAGCUCGAUCAGCUUCACUCAAGAAAGUUCGCUACGCCACUGACUGCGAUAAAGACGGCAACCCGAUCAAAAGCAAGGAAGAGAAAGCAGCCGAGAAGGAGAAGCAAAGACUGAAAAAAGAGAGGGAAAAAGUCAAGAAGGUCGAGGAGAGAGCUGCUAGGAGAAGCACUAGUGCUAGCGGCAGUAAAAGCAGCGUUGAGCCUCAGAGUGCUAGCGCUGAGGCAAGCUCAAGCAGAUCAGCAUCUACGUCGACUGUACCAUCCACCUCCGCUGCGCCUCGAGCUGCAGAAACGACUCGAAGCGGCAGGCAAGUCACAGCCCCCAUUGACCGGCAUCGUUCCGCUGCUCGAGAGGCCAAGGCGAGUGCGAGGAAGAGGCAGCUGCAGGCCUUGCAGGUACGCGAGGAGAGGGAAGGCGAGGAGACUGAAAGUGAAGGUGAUGAGGAGGAAGACGACUCUUCACGAAAGAUGGCAUCGAAUGCGACAAAAAACAGCGAUCACGCCAUUGAGGUAGUCGUACCUGCUCGCAAAAGCUCGGGUAGCCAAGCAGCAACGGCUCCACAGCACUCUGCCUCCAGCUCAUCCACCAUGGCACCUCAGAGGGUCCCACCAAUCAACGAUGACAGGGACGAGAUGGAUUUGCUAGAGAUGAGUGAUGAGGAAGAUGCCCCGCCCGUCAAAGCUGCCAGUCGCAAGAAGUCAAGCAACGGCGCUCAGGCUACCGAGCCCGACGAGGCUAUGACAGCAGCGACUCGUACUGUAAAGCCACCAGUGGCAGAUGUUGCGAAAGGCCCAUCUGCGUCUGAGCCAUCCGCAAAGCAAGGACAGACUCAAGAAGGACAGCCCUCGGCCAUGGCAAUGUCGCCUGCGCAAGCUUCGACCAGCAAGGCGACUUCCAAUGGUCAGUCUCGGCCCUCUCCCAUGACUCCAUCUGCUGCAACAACAAGGCCAGGUAUCAUGCCUACUAGGGCAGAGACUCCGGAAGACUCGGCGCGGAGGUCCUUCUCCGGCAAAGCUCUCUCCUCUCUUCUCUCGUCAGCAUCACACCGUAGGCCAGGUCUUGGACGACGGUCUUUCAUCCCACCGCUGCAUCCGAAUCGUCAGCCUGCGCCCCCACCCAAGACGGCCCCUCCAAUGUCAAGGAAGGACAAGGACGCGCUGAAGAAGGAGAUGCUGGCAAGAGAGGAAAAUGGGUCGGACGAAGACGAGGAUGACGAGGACAAACCAAAGUACAACCCGUUUGAGGAGGAGAUCGAGGGCUACUGAGCCUGCGGGAGGUUGUUUCAUCUGUAGCUGAGCUGAACUCUCUCGCUCGCCGAGGUGCGUCGAGUUCUUAUGCACUUGUGUGUCACGUAUCAGUCCCCACAUCGAGCUUUGCGGCUAGAGCAUAAAGACAGAGAGCACAUAGAGCUCCUCCCUUCUGUUUGCGUGAAACUUCAUUUCUUCUGGGCAAUCGACAAGUCACGAACGCGGUCAAGGUCU